AAUGAUUGAACGGUGACUCAAAAUAGAUUGCGUUGAGCUUGUCCACGGUUUAAUUAGUUCAGAUGAGUGAAAAUACAAGCCAAUCAAGUGACAAUCUAAUCAAACGUGACUUCAUUCGCCGAACUUUGAUCUAACUGUAUGGUAUAACACGUAUUUGAUCAGAGUUCAAAAUAACGAUUCUGUUUGUUUUGGUUCGUUAUGUGAAAAAAAAAUGAAAGAUUUACUGAAAAUCUUCGACUUGCAGCUCCGAGUAAUCAUCAUACUAUAUUCAAAAAGCAAUUUAGCUUCCUACCACCAGGGCUCUCGAAGCACACUGCAGAAAUGUCUCUCAACCCAGGCCAGCACUAAACCACAGGAGACAGCGGAAGUGCAGAAAACGGACUUCGAACAACGGGUGUACAGUGAGCACAGCUACGAAAAGAUUGCUAACCUGCGGAAACAGUUUCUCACCCCAAAUGUGACGUCCUACUACAAGAAGCCACUGCUUAUCCACAAGGGUAGCAUGCAGUGGCUGUUCGAUCACGAAGGUCGCCGCUAUCUGGAUAUGUUCGCCGGUAUUGUGACCGUUUCCGUUGGACACUGUCAUCCGAAAGUCAACGAAGCACUGGAGAAGCAGAUGAAAACCUUGUGGCACACAACCAACAUCUACAUGCAUCCUAAAAUCCAUGAGUAUGCCGAAAAGCUGGCCUCCAAGAUGCCGGGGGAUCUGAAAAACGUCUACUUUGUCAACUCGGGCUCAGAGGCGAACGAUCUGGCUAUGAUGAUCGCUCGUCUGUACACUGGGUAUCAGGAAAUUAUCAGCUUCCGUAACGCUUACCAUGGAGCUUCUCCGUACACUAUGGGGCUAACCGCACACUCGACGUGGAGAUAUCCACUGCCGGGGAUCAGCAAUGGUAUCAUACAUGCCAUGAAUCCGGAUCCGUACACCGGAAUUUGGGGUGGCAGCCACUGCCGGGAUUCACCCGUACAAACGACACGUCACUGCGACUGUCCCGCGAACCAGUGUCUCGCUUCCGAGCGCUACUACGAUCAGUUGGAGCAAGUCUUCAAGUACUCACUGCCACGGGGUAAGGUUGCUGCCAUGUUUGCCGAAUCGAUUCAAGGCGUAGGUGGAACGGUACAGUAUCCGAAGGGCUACAUAAAGCGAGCUGCCGAAUUGGUACGCGUAAAUGGAGGUCUGUUUAUUUCCGAUGAGGUACAAUCAGGUUUCGCACGAACGGGAGAGCAUUACUGGGGAUUCGAGGCGCAUGACAUAGUGCCGGAUAUGGUUACGAUGGCCAAAGGUAUCGGCAAUGGGUUCCCGAUUGGUGCGGUUGUAACUUCGCGAAAGGUAGCGGAUGUUCUGUCACAGGCACUGCACUUUAAUACCUUCGGGGGUAACCCGCUAGCGAGUGCCGUUGGAAUGGCUGUUAUAGACGUGAUUGAUCAGGAAGAGCUGCAGAAAAACGCUCGCGUCGUUGGUACUUACAUGCUGAAAGAGCUGGAAAAACUACGCGAUAAAUAUGAGGUCAUAGGUGAUGUCCGAGGAAAGGGCCUGAUGAUAGGCGUUGAGCUGGUCAAAGACAAGGAAACCCGCCAGCAUCUCAGCGCACCGCACUUCGUCGACAUCUGGGAAAUGUGCAAGGAUAUGGGAGUUUUGUUCGGUCGCGGCGGUUUGAAUGCAAACGUGCUUAGAAUUAAACCUCCGAUGUGUGUAACCAAAGAGGACGUCGACUUCGCUUUGAAUGCGCUGGGGUCGGCGCUAGAGCGUCACUCCGAGAAAACGCGCAAGCGAAACUAAUCUGAGACUGACAACCGCGAUGAAGCGGAACGAUCCAGUACACUGAAAGCACUGGCACAAACAUGACAUUUAACAAACCAAAACCAGAAUCUGAACGAAAAAUUGCCAAAAAGAAUAAAAUUUUCUGGAGAUGUAUAUGUUUUCAAAAUUGAGCUUAUAAAUCAAACACUGAAAGAAAGUCAGACUCUAACCUCUUACUUUCUCCUUGCUAGGACCAGUGUUAAUCUCGGCAGAAUCCAAAAUGGUGGUAUCGAAUUAAGCUUUAGAGUUAGAGAUGGAGUAUGUGUGCUCAUGCUGUUUCAUAAAUCACGCCACUAACACAUUAAUCAUUGCGUGCUGUUAACAAAUUCAAAUUAACGACAGAGCUUGAAUUGCAGC